AUGUCAUCGAGUGAUGAAGGUACAUCAAGAGACUGGCCAAAAAAGAAACAAUAUGUUCAUAAGUACAGAAGUGCUUGGGAAGAAAUGCCGGAAUUCAAAUGCAUCAGAAGCAGCAAAAAAGGGGAAAACUAUUUCCACUGUAUGGUUUGUGGGGACGACUACUUGGCAGGUAAAUCUGCACUAAAGAAACACAUUAAGACCACAAAACACACCAAAAAUUCAAAAUCCCAUGCUAAUUUGAUUCCCGCAAACAUGAUGCCAAGAGUCCUACAACAAAGUAGCAUAGAAAAAAAAACCAAAAGUGCCGAGCUCAGGAUCGCUAUGUUUAUAGUAGAGCACAAUAUUGCGCAUCAGACAUCUGAUCAUCUGGAAGAGUUAGUAAAAAUUAUGAAUAAUCAGUCAUUUUCGAUUUUAAUAGAUGAAUCAACUGAUAAAUCUUCUAUUAAGAUCUUGGCCAUUAUAGUCAGAUUGAUGGAUAUAAAUAAAUUUAUUGUUCGUGACGAAUUUUUUAGUUUAACUGAAAUUGCUAAUGGAACGGCACAAGGAAUUUAUGAUGCAAUUAAAAAUGUCUUUGAAAAACAUACCAUACCAUACAAGACAAAUAUGGUUGGAUUUGCCUCUGAUGGGGCUAAUACAAUGUUUGGUUCUCACCAUUCAGUGAAGACAUUGUUACAGAACGAUAUACCAGAUAUAUUUGUUAUGAAGUGCAUAUGUCACUCUUUAGCACUAUGUGCAUCAUACGCCUCAAAUAAAUUGCCUGAUUCAGUAGAAAAUUUAGUCAGGGACAUUUAUACUAAUUUUAAGUAUAGAUUCACACGUCAGACUGAAUUCAAAGAAUUUCAAGUGUUUGUAGAAUUAAAGCCACAUAAACUCCUGCAACCUUCACAAACACGGUGGUUAUCUCUGCAUUUGUGUGUGAAAAGAGUUUUGGAGCAGUAUAGUGCUCUUAAAUUGUAUUUCCAAGGACAACAUUUAUUAGAGAAUAAAGCAAAUGAAAUAUUUAGUGGACUAUCCCAAACGACUAACCAAAUGUAUUUGUAUUUUCUUGAUUUUGCUCUACCUAUUUUAGUAAAAUUAAAUGUAGAAUUUCAAAGUGAAAAACCCCAAAUUCACAAACUGUACCAAAAAAUGUCUUCAGCUUUCAAGUCAAUAUUAGAAUGUUAUAUAAAACCAGAUUAUUUAAGUAAUACAGAUGUGUCAAAAUGCCAGUACAGAAAUCCUAUUCAUUUUAUUCAAGCAGAAGAAAUGUUAUGUUGGUGGUAA